CGAUGAAGAAGGACGACUCAUACCGAACCCGGGACCAACUCACUUCCAAAUGGAGCCACAUCAACAAAAAAGUAUGAAAGUUUAUGGGAGUAUACGAGGAAUGCUCCCGGUCCCGGAGGAGCGGCAUGAACGACGCCGAUGUUCUCCGGCUUGCCACGACCCGGUAUCAAGACGACGGGAACCAAGGCAAGGUGCCCAUCGAUCUUUGGGGGAUUUUGAGUCGUUCCCCGAAGUGGCAACAACUCAACAAUCCCGACGACGGAUCAUUGCGGAAAAGAUCCACCGUCGACGCCGAGGUUGAGAUCGACGAGACUAUCGGUUCUACCGAUCAAAUCCCUCCCUUCAACGUUGCGGAUUCCGAUGACGAGGACCCCAUUCCACGGUCGAUCGGAAGAAAGAAGGCAAAAUCCAUUGCCUCUGGUUCGGGAGGGUCCGCCUCUGUUUCCGCUUCUCCCCGCGACGAAAUCGGCGGGGCAAUGAUUGAACAACUUCGGGCGUUCAAUCUCCAAAAACAAGAGAGGUUGAAGCUAAAGGAGAAGGAGUUGAAGCUAAAGGAGCAGGAAGCCGAGAUGAAAGUCAUGCAAACCGACCCCGGGACGUUGUCGGAGUUUGGACGAUUGAUCUAUGAGCAAAGAAUGAGAGAGAUCAAGGAGAAAUAUAAUUUACCUUAGUUUUUUUAAUUAAUGUAUCUUUUUUUAAAUUAUUGACGCUUUUUUUUAUUUAAUGAAUGUAUUUUUUUAUU